GCGCGAGACGUGGCAGUGUGUAUGUACCCCUAUUCGCGACGCGCGUGGAUUUACGCGGCAUUUUAAUAUUAUUCUUCAUUCGUUUUUGUUUUAAACGAGUGAAUUAUAUGACAAUUUUAAAUGACUUGUUGAGAUUUUUUGUUUUAUUUUAAGUGAAUGGUGUUUGUUUUAAGAUUAUUUUGGAUUUAACAUUGUGUUUAGUGUAUGAUAGUGUUAUUUUUUAAUUAAAAAGCUGACCCCACCGAGACAUCGUCGCGUGCGCUCCAUGUGAAAUAAAUCAAGCAACACUAAACCAUUUAUCAUUGAAACUUAAAAAGGUGUCCAAAAAUAGACAUGGCGCUUAAAUUAUAUGCGUCCGUGAUUAAAAUAGAAUCGACAUAGUAGGGGUUGGACUUCCGUUCAAAAUGUGAUUCAAAUAUAGACAGGAUAUCCCUAGUGUUGGAAAACGUUAGAACUAUGGCUGAAUACAAAAGUAGAUUGAGAUUAACCAGUAGGUGUGUGAAUCCUUUAUUCCUGUUGUUACGGACUAGUAUGUUUUUAGUGUUAAUAUCUGUGAUCAGUGUAUGUAGUGGUUAUGUUGAACAGAAGUUUGCUAUGGAACCACAAGAUCAGACAGCAGUGGUGGGUUCCCGAGUUAUAUUGCCGUGUCGUGUGGAGAACAAAGUGGGUCAAUUGCAGUGGACUAAGGAUGACUUCGGACUUGGUUUGCAUCGUGAUCUCAGUGGAUACGAAAGAUAUAAAAUGAUUGGAAGCGAUGAAGAAGGUGACUAUUCCUUGGAUAUAAGAGAAGUGACUUUGGAGGAUGAUGCUAAAUACCAAUGCCAAGUCAGCUCUGGACUAAGAGGGGAACCUGCAAUUAGAUCUCGAUACGCCCGUCUGUCGGUCCUCGUCGCACCUGAGCCACCGAAAAUACUGCAAGGGAAUUUCUUCUCUACGGCUGAAGAUAGAACGGUGAAAUUGGAGUGUAUAUCCGUCGGUGGGAAGCCAGCGGCUGAGAUCACGUGGGUAGACAGUAACGCUGGAGUUAUAACACAAGGUGUUACGAACACGAUCGAACCGCUAUCAGAUGGACAUAGAUUUACAGCAAGGUCUAUUUUGAAGCUGACCCCCAAGCAGGAACAUCAUAAUCAAACGUUCACGUGUCAAGCUCAGAACACGGCAGACAGAGCGUACCGGGCCGCUAGUAUACAAAUAGAGGUUAAAUAUGGACCUAAAAUCAAGUUGUUAAAGAAAUCUGGCAACAAGGGGAAGAUACCUGAAGGGGAGGAUCUUGUUGUUGAUUGCAAAGCUGAUGCGAAUCCAAACAAUUUAACAUACAAAUGGUACCUUGAUGGUGAUCUUAUUGGAAACCAAUCUGAAUUGGUUAUAACAAACGUAACAAGGAAACACAAUGGAGCGGUGCUCAAGUGUUUAGUUUACAAUGAAGUUGGGAAAAGUGAGGAGUCUGAGACAUUGGAAGUUACAUACGCCCCAUCGUUUCGAAGCUUCCCUAAAGACGUGGAAGCGGAAAUCGGUAAAGUGGCAACCCUAAGCUGUGACGUUGACGGACACCCAGUGCCGGAAAUCGAAUGGCUACAUAGAGAAGAAGAUCAAAAUAUACGUGUGGGCAGAACUGCGAAUUUGACACUUACCGUGGACACGCAUACCUCUGGAAGAUACAUCUGUAAAGCAAACGUUGAAGGGUACCCGGAAAUAGAGGCUGAAGCAGCCAUCUACAUAAAAGGACCGCCAAAGAUAAUAUCAAACCAGACACAAUUCGGUUCACAAGGUGACAGCGUGAAUAUAGAGUGCGCGGCGUUCUCAAUACCAAGAAUCGAUAACAUUUACUGGAGCUUUGAAGAUAAAGAUAUUGACUCUGUUCAUGAUCAGGAUUACGCAUUUUUGGAAGAUUUGCAACCAGGAGGCGUUGUUAAUUCAACGUUGAUCAUCAGAGAAAGUCAAUCAAGGCACUUCGGAACUUAUAAAUGUAAUGUCUCCAAUGAAUUCGGAAGCGACGUUAUGGUGAUUACCCUCAAACCAAACAAAUCCUUUCCCCUGCUAUUGAUUUUAUUCGGAGCCACAUCUGGGACAAUAAUGGUGGCUGUUCUAAUAAUGUUAGUGAUAUUGUGUCAAAGAAAGCAAAGGAAGAACAAACAGGUUCAAAUGACGGAGAAACCUGAUGUUACAGUAACAGCUGAGGAAUUGUUUAAGGAAAACGAUCGGAAUUCAAAUAUAAGCGAUUUGAAACUUGAAUUACGACAAGCUAAUGGUAGUUGUGAAGUUGAUUAUUCCAACACCGGUUCGGACAGUACCUUGUGCUCCAAUGCGAAAUUAGGGAGCGGUAUUCCAUUAGCCGGUACAGUCGCGUUGUCAGCGGUGAAUCAGACCAACACAUACCAAGGAUACAGAUAUAGUAACGACUACACAGAUCCCGCCUAUUCUGACUGCUACAAGGGCAAUGGAUUCAACAAUGGCUAUCAAACGUAUGUGCAUUAUGGACACGACUAUACCCCGGGAUCGUUGCGUGUACAGUCGCCGACACUCAGCGGUGAAAAAUUGACACCUAACAGGUCUAUAAACGGCAGCCUACCGAGAAGCAUUGAAACAUCAUCAACUAUACAAUUCAAUGCGACCAAUGGCUCCCAGAAUAAUUCAUUGCAACGCUCCACCAAGCGACAGGACAGUAGUAAUGCAUUAAAUAAUUUAGGAGUGCCGACGGGCGAAGGAAGUAGAGUACCAAAUGGUGGCAUCAUACACGGCGUGGACGUAAGAUACGCUGCAACUUACGGCAACCCUCACUUACGGACGACUACCAGUCUCGGCUUCCCCACUGUCAACACUGCUAAACCUGCUUCAACUCCUGCGCCUCCACCGUAUUCCUCUGUCAGGAAUUCUGUUAUAUUACCUUCAGGUAACUCAUCGCAUUCAAUAACGUCGCCGACGAGCCUCACGUCGCCGCAAUGUGCAACAAGUCCUAUAACAAAUUCAACGAUGUCAACGGAGAGCGCACAGCCAGUGGUUGGCGCGACGACGACGCCGCAGUCUCCGAGCGCGCAUUACAUACUGGCAGCAACAACUAGGGCUUUAAGUAAUACUACUGUUACGAAGAAAGGAAAUGGCCAUCAACAACCUUUGGCUACACACGUGUAACUAAAAACUAUUAUAGUUAUAGAGUGGUUAUGUUUAGUGUAAAAUACGUGUUCUAUAGGACUUCAAUUUUUAAAAUAUUUUUACAUUUUCUAAUACUAAUGUCGAUGUGCUUUUGUUUUAUUUUGUGUGUUAUUAAUCUGUGAGUCUUAUUUCUUUUUAAUUUGCUUUAACGGCUCUUGUGAAUUUAUGUCAAUUCUUUUAUCAAUUUUACGAAGCGUUUUGAUAUUGCUUCGUGUUUAGUCCGAUUUAUCUGACCCGGUGAUUAUAAGCGUCACUAAAUUAUAUUACACCUACGUUCUGUCUUUGUGCAAAUUGUCACAAGGUCCUUGUUUUGAACCGUCUUGUUUUGCGUCAUUCUAUGACUAAGUUGGUCACUUUCUGACAGAAAUAGCGGCGUUAACGGCACCUAUCUCACCAAGUCAGAUGAAUUUGACGGUCUAUGUGUAUCAUUUCAGAUGUACUUUGUCAAUUUUCUUAGAGUUUGUGACUGUUGGCCUUGUAGGAAUUAAGUCUACUGAGAAAUGACGUCAUUUAUCACUGUUAUAAUUGGGAUGUUGUCAAUUUCACAAUCUGACUGAGACUGGUCUUGUUACUAUUGUAAUAUUGUAAUUAUUGUGUGUAUAAAUAUAUCUAUAAGUUACUUAGCUUUACUACUAUAUAGUUUAGCAUUUAUGAGUGUUAUUCUAUCAAAUAGAAUAUUCUUACGAUGAGUUUUAACUGCAGUGACAUUGUAUUAUCCACUCUAUCUACAGUAAUUAACGGCUAAUUCUCACUAGGCUAAUAAUUUAGUCGAGUCCCAAUUUAGUACCUAAAUUAUCAGAAAUACUAAAAUUUUAGUCGACUUGUAAAGCUAAAAAUUUAGUCGAUUCAAUAAGUUCUGUUCCAUUUUUCUGCAAAUAUCGUCUUAUACUUUGCUAAAAAGCUAAAGUACUAACCUUUUUUAGUCUAAAUAGUAAUAGUACAACUAUCAAAACACUCCACAUACUACGCAAGUACUCACUCGGUACUCGACUAAAUUACUAAACUAGUGUGACCUAACCCUAAUCGAUUACAUGCAAUUGUCUCUGCAGUGAAGCUUUAGUUAUUAUUUUCUUUUAGUCAAUAUUCAUUGCUAUUAAACUAACACUUGUCAUCCUAUAAGAUUGUUGUAAUUUUUUUUUGUACAUUACUUUCUAGAAUUUAAUGGAAUAUUCGUUAUAAUUGAUGUGGAUUUUGCAUAGAUUUUAUCGAAGUGUAACUUUUCAUUCUUUUUAUUUGGAUUUCAUUUUAUUCCUAAUUGCUUUUGCGUUAUUAACCGUAAAACCUUGUCUAUAAGUGUCUAUUUCGAAGCAGUUUUAGUUUAUUUUCUAUGUGUCUUAAGUUACAAAAUAUAUAGUAAUUUUUAAUUCUCACAUAUGUUUGAAUGAAAUAUAUCAAAUUAAUAUGUACUAUCGAGAGUGCCAUAUCAUGUCUCUAUGACGUAUUAUUAAUAACAUAUCGUUACUUUACUAAAAUAUCUAAAAUAAUUCACUAUUUUAUUUGAGUUUAAUUUUUUUCAGAGUCAAUGCUCAAAAAUUGUUUAAAAUUUCGAUCUAAGACUGACUAGUGUAACCUACAUUUUUUAUUUCAUUUGACAUGGAAAUAGACUAUCGGAAUUAUUUUUAUCGAUUUUAAACCAAUCAUACUUUGAAACACGAAAGUAGAGCCAUAUAGUAAUUAUAGUACAGUUGAUUGCAAAAUAAUGGAUGACAAAGAAUAUUUUUAAAUCUAGAUUCAGUUGUAACACUUUAUGUAGAACUAGUUACUGCACGCGACUUCGCCCUCGUGAAAUUAAAAAAUGUCGCCUAUGUUAGUCAUAGAUAAAUUACCUUUCUAACGGUG